GAAAAUUUGGUUUUUAUAAAUUUUAUAAAGAGUAUUUUAAACUUAUCGUUGAAAUCUCCUUAUUACACAAUUCUCAAACGGAAAUGAUAAAAGUUUGAUAGCAACUGUAGUGAUAAAACAGAAAUCUGAAUAACAAAGUUCAGUUCAACAAAAAAAUAUUUGUCAAAGAAUUUUUUUUAUAGUUUUUUGUUUCAUAUAUAUAUAUAUGUUUCAAAUGCAGUUCAGUAAAAUUGUCAACCAUGGUAUACUUUUGAGCCUUAUUGCGCUUAUAACUGCAGCCUCUGAAAGUACUACUCCAACAACAAAAAAUAGGUAUUUACCGCUUGUUAUCAAUACUUGGGCGUUCACUGAAGCUAAUGCAGCUGCUUGGCUUGUACUCAAUCAACAGCCAGGUGGUAAUGCUUUAGACGCGCUAAUCGAAGGUUGCGCCACUUGUGAACGUCUACAAUGUGACGGUACUGUCGGAUAUGGUGGCUCACCGGAUGAGAAUGGUGAAACUACGCUGGAUGCUAUGGUCAUGGAUGGCAGCAAUAUGAAUAUUGGUGCAGUUGCCGGUCUACGACAAAUAAAGGAUGCCAUAAAUGUUGCGCGACAUGUAUUGGAACAUACGAAACACACGUUGUUAGUAGGUGAUGCAGCAAGUAACUUUGCUGAGAAGAUGGGUUUCCGACGUGAGAAACUUGCCACCAACCGGUCAAUCGAUAUAUGGAAAGCAUGGCGUCACAAUUUUUGCCAACCAAACUACUGGUUAAACGUAUAUCCCGAUCCGACCAAAAGUUGUGGACCAUAUAAGCCAAUCCCUUUCAAUGUAAUGGACAUUGACGAUGCUUCUCGCUAUGAAUACCAAAUUGGACGUUGGAAUCACGACACAAUCGGCAUGAUUGUCAUCGAUAGAAAUGGACAAAUAUAUGCUGGAACAUCUACUAAUGGCGCAAGCCACAAAAUACCCGGACGUGUUGGCGACUCCCCCAUACCUGGUGCAGGUGCUUAUGCAGAUAAUGAAAUUGGUGCAGCUGUAGCUACAGGAGAUGGUGAUGUAAUGAUGCGCUUUUUGCCUGCUUUGGUGGCAGUUGAGGGACUGCGUGCGGGCAAGACACCCACAUCAGCAGCGGAAACGGCGAUGCAACGUAUCAAGCGUCACUAUCCAGACUUCAGUGGCGGUUUGGUUGUAGUUGAUCGUUUUGGAAACUACGGUGCUGCUUGUGUGGGAAUGACAAAAUUCCCGUACUCAGUUGCAAGUGGUGACGCGACGCAAAAGACAGUGGUAGAGUACAAGUAUUGUAAAACAGACACGACAUUUUUGUGAUGUAAAAAUAAAUGUAAUCAAAUUAUUGAUUUAGACAGUU